AUGUCUGGCCUUAUCUGCGCCCAAGCAUCUCCGGGGCGGGAGCUUGCCCUAUGCCCUUCCUUCUCUCGCCCCUCGUUGGACGGGACAAGAUAUAACCCCGCCCCUAGCCGCAGCCGUGGGCUUCUGCAAAAGACCCCUUCUGCUGCUCCCUCACGCACACGCACACGCACACGCACAUGGUCCCAGCAAGUUGGACCAUUCUUCUGGCCGGCCCGCUACGGCUGCUGGCCGCUGGCCACGAAGCACCAGUCUGAGUGUCCGCAUCAUGUUCGGAACAGAUCGGAACCGACACUGCCUACAGUCCGGCACCACGUAGCGGGAGACGAGUCACGAGGACAGGCAGACCUUUGUUCUGCUGGUCUGGCCGAUGUCGCCUGUGGCCCUGCCCAGCUCUGCACACGUUACCCGGCGGAUAUACCAGGCAUUUCUUCAACACAAUCAAAACACACCACCUGUGCUCAGCACCCCCAACCUAGUGCCAAUCUCACCACUGCCAUUCGACGGCCAAUCUCUGCAGGAUUCGUGUACCUAAUACCUAUGUGCCUUUUCUUCGGGCCUUUGUGCCAAAAGAGUCAAAAACGGUGGCCAUUCUCCGACUUGCCCUAUCUCCCAGAGGCCGAGUCCGACUUCAACGUCUGA